CCACAUCUUUGCCCGUCACAUCCUCUUCUCACUCUGCGAUUCGACCGCCACCAAGAACAUCAACCGCCCCCAAUAUGCACCUGUCCACCAUGUGUGCCGACCCAUGCAGCUUCUGCAGGCCCUCGCCUUGCAGUUUCUUGGUCACUUUUGCCAGCUGUUGGUCAAUUCCAUCUCAAUGUUUCCUUCGGCGGUCAACCUGACGGCCUCUACUGCGUACUGAUUGCACCUCAAAAUGCUCUCCCGUCAUUCCGGCGUUGCUCCAAUGGCAGCUGGUGAAAGAGUAGUGUUACCUGCGCUCUACGGCCCUUCCCAUCAUCUUAUGGCACAUGGCACGACCGAACCAACAAAAACUCAGUUCCGCUGUUCCAGAAGUUACUGAAGCAUAUCUGUGGCCGUCAGCAUCCGCAUCUUCCACGCCGUGGGAUGCCGCGACUGCCGCUUACGUUUCUGGACUGGCAACCUCCGGGUACACAGACAGACUUCUUCACCGAGGACGUUACCUCGACGGUAUUCCAAAGUCGUUUCCUGUUUAUACAGCUGCCUACGACCACCCUCGUUCAGUUCAAGUGUCUGGACAUCGACCCAGACGACAUCGAUAUGAACUAGCGCUGCGGCGACGUUGGCAAUCUGGACAUCUUACCUCCCGCCGAUCACACUCUUCAUUAAUGGCGCCCGGAACCAACGCAUCCAUCCCGCUUGCCAUCCCUGGUCUUCAUCUUCAAUAGUCGUUGUCUGCCGAGCAAACGGCCGUACCUUUGCCCAAGAGCUUGCAGCUUGCUCCUGCAUCGCAUCCACACCUCUAGCGCCCACGCACCGGCCUGCAUUGUGUGACAUCCGCCCGCGGGGAACGACCAGAAUCGCGGCCAGCCAAUAUUAAAGUACGGUCAGCCGCUGGGCCUUGUGCCAUUCACACUCGCCCAUCCGACCCAGAGAAGCCCUUCAUCCCCCAUCUGGCUUUUCAUUGCACGACCCCAUCGAGGCCGCAGCCCAUCCGACCCCCUCCACAUGGAAUAUUCGCCGUCUUAUCACAUAUCCUCUGCCUUUACACAUGUCACCACGCUUGACUGAACCCGCUUCCCAACCGAAUCUGUAGGCAACGUGACGAGACUGUCGAUAACAGAGGUGUGCUCAUCACGCCGCCCACACCCCAGAGUCAACAACUGGGACCUCUCCACUUCGGAGCGUCUCCGAUCUCACCUCCAUAUAUCCCCUGGUGGCGCCCCCAAUUCGCGCUUCGCCGUGCUCCCGUCUGUUUUCCUGCCGGUCGCUCGUUACUCCGCCAAAGCAUAGCAUCGCAUUGCAUCGAACCUACUCAUCUUGGCCCCGCUACCAAGGGUUCUUGCACACAUCACGCAACACCUCGAUUCUUCUCAGCUGGCAACACGAUCAACCGACCAGCGAGGGGCAGGUGUCUUACGAUCUCGACGACUCCCGGCCAUUAGACUCUUUCAGACUGCACCGUAUGUCGACAUAACUGUACAUUUCCGCGCGCAGUCGCCUUACCGCGCAGUAUAAUUCAAGUUCUGUCGCCUUGCUGCAAUGGCUACUCGUAUCCGCGACCUGGCAGACGCUGCCACCAAAACGGCAGCACAACUAGCCAAGCGCAUUGCCAUCACGCCCAAACCCGACAGUCCGCCGGGUUUAAUCGAGGCCUUAACAGUUGACCCUUGGUCCAAGUCUGGGAAAUAUGGCAUGGGCUGGACUUACUUCGCGCUGGCCCUCAUGGGAACAGUUCUGUUUAUGCGAUCUUGGCACUUUUGGCAAGACAAAAUUCGCCAAGCCAUCUACAAGCAAGAAGUGGAGGAAUACUAUGCCAAUCUCUACAACACUGAUCCCGACUACGCGCACGCCGUACAUACGGGACAAGCACAGCACUUCUUCCCCGACUCUGAAGGGCUUGGCGAGAAGCAAUUCAAGCCAAGGGCUCACUUCUCCUCAGUUGGCUUCGUUAACGAUACCUUGGCCCUCUUCCGCUGGGUCUUUUACCGGCCGAUUCCCGACUUUGUAUGGGGUAGCCACCGGUUCACAUUCUCCUCCCUCGCCGUAGUUACCUGCGGUCUCAUCGCUUUGGCUUUUGUGACGCUCUACUGCUUUCUCCAGCAACCACUCUACUGGCAGAGCAUUCAAUUCGGUUCGCCACCCGUUGCUAUUCGAGCCGGAAUGAUUGCUGUCGCAUUGACACCUUGGAUCAUUGUGACCAGCAUGAAGGCAAAUGUCUUGUCCAUCCUGAUUGGCAUCGGGCCGGAGCGCCUCAAUGUCUUCCACAGGUGGGCAGGCUACCUCUGUCUGUUUCUGUCGCUUGUACACACCAUUCCAUUCUACGUUCAGCCAGUAUGGGACGACGGUGGCAUGGAUGUCUUUUCUCGCCUAUUCCCCGGCGGCAGCGGCGUCAUCUACGGUACUGGUAUAGCCUGUCUUGUGCCACUGGUCUGGCUUUGCGUCGCAUCUCUGCCCUUCAUUCGCCGAGUCGCAUACGAGCUCUUCGUCAUGCUACAUGUACCUGUUGGCAUGGUGUAUGUUGGGCUCUUGUUCUGGCACACCAAGAAUUACCUUGCUUCUUGGGACUACCUGUGGGCAACAGUCGGCAUCUGGGUUCUCUGCUAUGCCAUUCGCCUGAUAAACCUCAACUGGACAAGACCAUGGCGACUGAGCUUCAUGGUCGGAGAUGAAGCGGCCAUUAGCCUUCUCGCUGAGAACGCCAUCAAGAUUACGAUCCCGACUCAGAUGAGGUGGAAGCCUGGCCAAUAUGUUUACCUUCGCAUGCCGGGAGUCGCCUUUUUCGACAAUCACCCUUUUACCAUCUCGUCGCUCUGCAGCGAGGAUUUCCCCUCCGAGUACGGCGAGCAGUACCGUGAUUGCGUGCUGGUUUUCAAGCCGUAUGGUGGUUUCACGCGGAAGGUCCUCGACAUGGCUAUCGAGAGGGGGCCAUUCCACACAUAUCGCGCCUUCUUGGAUGGGCCAUAUGGAGGCAUGCGAAGAGACCUAGCAGCCUUCGACACCUGCAUCCUCAUUGCCGGUGGGAGCGGCAUCACGGCUUUGAUGUCGCAAUUACUCAACUUGAUCAAGCGCAUGCGUGAUGGGAAAGCCAUCACGCGCAAAGUGGUCGUGGUAUGGGCCCUCAAAAGACUCGAAGCCAUGGACUGGUUCCGUGAAGAGCUCAGAAUCUGCCGCGAGUCUGCGCCGCCAGAGAGUGUUACUUGCAAGUUUUUCGUCACUUCAGCAGUGCGCAACCGGGCCAUGAUGAUGGCUGGCCACGAUCGUCCUGCACCGAGGGCCUUGAGUCACAUGUUCCAUGACAAGCUCGAUGGCUUCGUGGCAGGAAUUGCUUCCAAGCGCAAUUCUGCUCUCAUCCAGUCUGUAGCACAAGGCGAUCCUGACCGAGAGCAGGAAUUGCGCGCCGAGCAAGAGGAUAGAAUCACCGCCUUACCGCAACAGAAAUAUUUACAACCACAUCAAUACCCACCUCCACCCCCAGGACCACCACCCUCUAAUCGCUUCUCUGCCCAGGAAGAGUCGUUGCGUAAGCUUGAGGGCCGCGAAUACGAUGAGGAGGAAGAUAGAGAUUCCAAAAAGCGCGAGUUCCACUUCCCUCCCAUCAACACCAAAGGCGAAGUGCCGCACUUCAACUACGCACCUGCCUCCCCAAGGAAGAUCCCCGAGACAAGCCCGCGAAACUCGGAUGUGCCAAUACGGCCUCCAGAGCUGGCCCACUUGAGGACGACCAACCUCCCGAGCGCAGGUCAAACCCGUCCCACCAGCACGUUCGGCCCGCCUUCAGGCUUUGACUUUGGCUUCCCGGAGACGCCGACAGAGUUCCAAAAAAGCCUGAUGCGCUUUGCUUUCCCCGUGCCCCAUCAGAUCGAUGGCGGCUGGAGCGUCGAGUAUGGCCGGCCCGACUUGGGAUACAUGCUGAAAGAAUGGGCGACGGGCGGUGCCGACGGAAGAGGCAUCCUCGGCAGGCGAACGGCGGUAUUCGUGUGUGGGCCGCCAGCCAUGCGUGUUGGCGUGGCAAACACUGUUGCCCGGCUUCAGGCAGCGAUAUGGGGUGAUGACAUGCUCGAGGAGAUUUACUUGCACACUGAGAAUUACGCCCUCUAAAUCAGGGGCUUGUAUUUGUAAUGACUGGACGGAAAAGAUACCACGGAUGACAGCAUUUUACAUCCAUAAUAACGAGCCUUUUAUUUCACUUCAAAGAUCGAUACGUGCCUGCUUCCGGUGUACGUUGUUGAACCUCAACGAGUUCAUGCUUGUAGGGAAACCCAUGAGACAGAAGGUCGGAAUGAAGGAGGCAGACGUAGGCUGUAUAGGUCGGGAGCUUGUUUGACCUUGAUGUGUUUAGAGUCGUUGUCGUCGUGGUAACUCAGUGAGCCAAUAUCACAGCAUGUUAAGCAGGUAAACCAGCGAAACUUAUCACCAG